AUGGCCUCCCUCACGAUCCGCAACCUGACCAUCACCCCGCUCGAGCUCAAGCAUGUCGAGCGCUUCGAGGGCGAGGCCCAGCCCAUGCCCUCGGGCGGCGCGGGAGAGGUCAUAGCCAACGUCACGGCCAACGUCACGGGCGCCAUCACCAGCCUCUUCAACAAGACGGCCGAGCAGACCCCGGCGGCCCCCGCGGCCCCGGAGCCCGUCAAGUUCUGGGGCGUCAAGCGGCGCGAGGGCGCCGGCCCGCACGACCAGCAGGACGUCUCGGUGAGCCUCGCGCCCUUCGAGACCAAGACGACCGACAUCCGCGCCGCCGACCCCAACCGCGAGGUCAUGCACCUCGUCUUCGAGCAGCCCGGCGGCCCGGGCCGGUACGCCGUCGACUGCCCGGCGCCGAGCCCGCAGAGCGUCGUCAUGGAGCGCCUCGACGGCGCCGACAAGGAGUUCACGGCCGUCUACAUCGCCUCGGCCGCCACGCUCGCCAUCUUCAGCAGCGCCCAGCUCCCGCGCUGGAUGGGCGCCCUCGCCGACGGCUACCCGCUGACGGCCCUGUCCAUCCCGGGCACCCACAACAGCCCGACCUGCCACACGGCCCUGCCCUCGGUGCGCUGCCAGGCCGUCGGCGUGCGCGAGCAGCUCGACAACGGCGUGCGCUUCAUGGACAUCCGCGUCUCGGCCAGCCCCGACAGCGACGACCUGACCCUCGUCCACUCGGCCUUCCCCAUCAGCCUCACGGGCAACAAGUACCUCGCCGACCUGCUGCGCGACUGCUACGAGUUCCUCGACGCCAACCCCUCCGAGGUCCUGCUCAUGAGCCUCAAGCGCGAGGGCACCGGCAAGGGCUCCGACGCCGACCUGAGCCGCUACCUGCGCGACCGCUACCUCGGCGGCGACGACGCCCGCCGCUGGUACACGGACCCCAGCAUCCCGCGCCUCGGCGACGUGCGCGGCAGGAUCGUCCUCGUCCGCCGCUUCGGCCUCGACGACUCGAUGCGCGGCGAGCACGACGGCCGCGGCUGGGGCGUCGACGGCUCCUCGUGGCCCGACAACUGCGCCGACGGCACCUGCGGCUCCAACCAGAUCCGCGUCCAGGACUUCUACGAGGUCGACCAGGCCACCAACAUCGAGAAGAAGAUCGAGCUCGCCCGCGCCCACCUCGAGCGCUGCGGCGAGCAGACCUUCAACAUCGCCGGCGGCGACGAGCACCCCAGCCCCUUCUUUGUCAACUUCCUCAGCGCCAGCAACUUCUUCAACGCCAACUGCUGGCCCGACAGGAUCGCCCAAAAGGUCAACCCGGCCGUCAUCGAGUACCUGUGCGUCAGGCACGGCGAUCACGGCAAGGGCCCCGGCCAGCUGAGCGUGGGCGAUGCCUGCACCGGUGUCGUCGUCACUGACUGGGUGGGUUACCGCGGGGACUGGGACCUGAUUCGGUGCAUCGUGGGCUGGAACGCCAGACUACAGCUGAAGCAGUAG